AUGGUGCAGGGUUAUUCAGUCCAAGAGCGCAGUGUUCAGCUCGUCGAAGGCGUUUUUGAUCGUUGGUCUUGGUUGCCUAGUAGUGAUGGAGCUUACUCGGUUAGUUCUGCAUAUUCAUUUCUGCAGGAACCACUCUUACCGGCGCAGGAUCAUGCUCUCUCUGAGAUUUGGAAGUCGUUGGCUCCGUCCAAUAUUAAAGCUUUUGCCUGGAGACUCUUGCAGGACAGGAUUGCAAGUUGGGAGAAUUUAUUUAAACGACAAGUUUUUGCAGCACCGGAACAAGCUACCUGUAGUCUCUGUCGUAUCAGUUUGGAAUCCAGCUGGCAUUUGCUGUUCUUGUGCCCUGUCUCGUAUGUGAUAUGGCAGCUGGUUUUUAGGUGGCUUGGUGUGGAUUCUAUUACUGCCUCUUCCCCACGGGAUCAUUUCAAUCGCUUCAAAAUUGGCUGGAAUAAUACACAAAGACGUGUUGCACUGUCUGUGUGGUUUGCCACUGUCUGGAAUUUAUGGUUGGUUAGGAACUCAAUUGUUUUCCAGGGUGGCCUUUUCAAUCAUGAAAGCAUUUUGGAAUUGGUAAAAAAACAAUCCUGGGCGUGGGCUAAAGUAAAGGUCAAGGAGUUUUCUUACUCAUUCUAUGCUUGGUAUACUAACUCGUUGCUUUGCAUUCAUGGACUAUAA